AUGUCCUCGAUCCCCAUCCUACUGUUGCUACUAAUUUACGAUGUAGCUCAUGCCGAAACGCCAAUGGAACUACCUGGAAGUGCUCAUUCGGGGGAGCACCCUUUCAUUCGAGUUUUCGCCGAGGAGUUGGUACCCUCUGCUCCACCAGAGAACCUGUUCCUCUGUCCCAUGAAUGUAACAGAUGGUGUGAACUUGACAUCUUGGCCGUCCGAGGCGGUUACUAUUGAUGGUACAUAUUGUAUCAACUAUAAUGAGCUUAUGGAGUACAAACAUAGAGGCGACUUCUUGAAGUGUCUCACAGAGGUCACUAAUGCCACUACUCAUGCAUUGGAUAUGUUGGGUAUCGAUGCGGCGGUCAUAGAUGGUACUUUAUUAGGUUGGCAACGACAUGAUAAGAAUCAUAUACCCUGGGACGUGGACGCCGACCUCGUCGUCAUGCAGAAUCAUUGUCUAAACGCCUUCUCGGAAUUUGCCACUGACCACCAUAAGAAUAUGGCAUCCCUUUUACAAGAGUAUCUACCCGAUGACUCUCGUUAUCGUGUCGCCGGCAUCAUCUAUGGCGACGGAUCCGAGCUUGAUCCCGACGACUGGGAAGGUUGCGAUGCCCGUGAGCUUCGCGUUAUCCUCCACCACGGUCAUAAGGCCUGUCAUGUUGAUGUAUUCCACAUGUUGCAAUCAGAGCCUUCGGGUGACUGGGAUUGUGCAUCAUGUCCGGGCUACGACGAAGGUAUCGUCACAGUUUGUCGUGGCAUGAAUGAAGCUUGUGCUUUGUACGAUGACUUUUUCCCAAUGAAAUGGGACAGGCUAGAUGGUGGUGAUGUGAAAGUCCCGAAUAAAGUACAUGCCGCAUUGAAGUCUUACUUUGGUACGUUGGAUUAUGCGCUCCUCAAUCUCAGAGAGAUCCCGAUAAACUACGAGUUCGGCAGUAACAUACUGGUGGUCGGUCGUACGUUGCUGAGCAACACCACUAUCAAUGGUUCAUCGAGCCCAGAGGUGAAUCUCCGUGGUUCAUUUGGCGAGGAUUCGCAGGUUGAUACGUCCGUCGUAACCUCAAUGGGGUUGCCUCUCAAUAUGGAGGAAAGCAAUUCCGAAGAAAAGAUAGUUGCUGCUAACUGGCCCUUAAAGCUUGAAGGGAGGUCGAAUCUCGACUAA